AAUAAUUAAGCACAUAGUAACACUUCAUUUUUCUUUUUCUUUUUGUGAUGUGUUGCAGGUACACAUCAUUUGUGGGUUUAUUUCCUUUGUUAUCAAGCGAUGCGAAAAUGCCAUUGGUGAGCCUUGAAGAGAUAUCGCAGACCAUUGACUCAGAAAAUUUCACAGUCCAGAACACGAUACUCUUUGCUGGACCAUUGGCAACCACUGCAAUAACCACCAAUGCCAAAUUUGAAGUUCGAAGUCCCAAACGUGUGCAGAUUAAAUUUCAAGAAGGUGUCAUUGGCACUCCCCAGUUGACAGAUUCCCUUGUAUUUGCGGAAAAUGUCGAAUUUCUGGGGCAAAAGAUUGAUUUGACGCCCAUAAAAGGUUUGGUCACUUCUGUCGAGAACACGGCUUCCUCUGUUGCAAAGACCAUUUCUAGCCGUCCACCACUGAAAUUUUCUCUCUCCAACAGCAAUGCCGAGUCAUGGCUUCUAACAACAUACCUUGACGACGAGCUUCGCAUUUCAAAAGGGGAUGGAGGUAGUGCAUUUGUGCUCAUCAAGGAAGGCAGCCCUCUUCUGACACCUUAGACAGAUAAAUUGCUGACUUUCUACCAAUAUUGUUUUCAGUAUGUUCCGAACGGCAUGUACAUUAUUUGUAACAAUGCAGGUUGUAUUAGGGAAUUCACAUUUUCAAGAAGUAAUAUUGAAUUGAAAAUCAGAUGUUGUAUCUGGAAUCUUUCCUGCU